GCAUUAUGCAGGGCUGUGAUUGGUGGCUCGGUGCAGCUCUCUGCAGCCAGUUUCCCAGAGGCCGCUGCACUGAUCAGGUCUAGACAGAGGUCCUCUGAUAUCCCAGAGUCCAACACUUCUGUCUCCAUCAAAUCCUGGAGGAAGUUGUGGACCACAAAACUCUCAUCUUCCUGUGCGAGGAGGUGAUGACGUAGAAGAUGAGAGACACUGGUUCGAGCAUUCUGUAAUAAUUCUGCGACUUGAGGUACUUGUAUUCACGUGCCCAAAACAAUUUUGCGUGGCGGGAUGAAACUGGAACUUUCUAAAGUGGUGCAAGGAUGUCGGCUGGGCGUUCUGAUUGGGAUUGGGAAAACGGGGCAGCACUCGCUGGAACUGCCGGGCUGCCUGCUGUACACUCGCUGCGCAACCGUGCCUCACCUUACCCAGGACACCCUGCACACUCUGACCUAUCUGCCCGCAGGGGCGCAGGUGGCGCUGGAUGGCCUAGCAGAGCACCAUGAGGUGCUGGAGGAGUUUAAAGAGGGUGUAAGAAAGUUUGCAGGUCUGCAUGACACGGCUCUCUUCUGCUCCCUCCACGAUCCUGCCACCAACUGUCCCACCGGCCAUGUCACUAACAAGACUGUGUCCGUGUGGGGUAGUGGAGGAAGGAUAGAGAUGACGGCGGCCAGGUUCAUUGCCAUGCAAGCAGUCAUCCAGCCAGACUGCUAUCAGAGCAUGGCAGACGGUGAGACCUGGCAGACCAACACCUCGCGCAAGAGAGUCCACAAAGCAGUGAACCGCACCCUGGCUCAUCUGGACGAAUGUCUGACGUUGCAUCACAAAACACCGCAGCUGAAGCACACUGAGGUGUUUGGGGUGGUGGAAGGAGGUGAUAUCCUGGAGGAAAGAGUCAGGUCGGCGCGGGAGACGGCCAAGCGCCCCGUUGCUGGAUUCGUCUUGGAUGGGUUCCAGUCUGCUGCUAUGGAACAGGAACUGAGAGGUCAGCUGAUCACAGCGGUGACCGCAGAGCUGCCAGUAGAAAAGCCAAGGAUGCUGCAGGGCGUGGGCCGUCCAGAUGAGGUGAUCGCGUGUGUGGAAGCCGGAGUGGACCUGUUCGAGGGCUUCUUCCCUUUCCAGGUGACUGAGAGAGGAUGUGCCCUCUGCUUUGACUACAAUGUCACACCUGACCCAGAGGCUGCAGCUUUAUCGCCCCCUACAGUGUUGGAGUUAAAUGGAGAGAGGCCUGCUGUAGAGGAUCCCAAACAGAAUGACGUUGGCAACACUGGAACUAUGACGCAGUUUGAGAUUAAUCUGAAGGACAUAAGGUACCGUGAAGACUUCCGGCCGCUGGUGGAGGGGUGUGGCUGCUACUGCUGCAAGAACCAUCACAGGGCAUAUGUCCAUCAUUUGCUGGUGACUAGUGAGCUGCUGGCAGGGGUGUUGCUAAUGCUGCAUAACACCGCCCACUACCUGGGAUUCUUCAGGGCACUAAGGGAAGCCAUAUCCCAUGAGCGACUACAGGACUUCAAGACUACAGUGACUAAAGUGGACUUUGGAGGGAGAAAACAAUUACAUUGACUAAGGGCUUUGGGUGAACAUGAAGGAUGCUGACGAGAAGAUUGAAAAUUUCAGCCUUUAUUGGCUGGUUACUCCAUUCCUCCUAGUCCAGUGAUCUUGCUGACACGCGAGCCACGGUAUCUGCCCGUGCCCCAUCCCUGGGGUUUUAGCAGCAGUGUGGCAGUUCUGAGCAAGCAGGCUUUAGCGUUCCAAGGUGACAGCAAUAUUGGAAAACACUUUAUAGAUUUGUUUAUGCAAAUAAGCAAAAAUGUGGUUUACAGCACUUCUGUUCACCUUCUAUGGAACGAAAUGGUUAAACAUUUGAGUUAAUUUGCCGUAGCACCUUUGUUAUUGCUGAAGCUCUAGCUAUCUCCAGGAAUUCUCACCCUUUGUGUUUGUCAGACUGUGGUGGCCAUGUUGGUCAUGUUGCUCACCCAUUUCUCUUUUUAUUACUGAAUAAACAGUGUUUCACAGGAGAGCCACUAUAUACUUUGUACUAUAUCCCUAUACAUGGGGGGAAAACAUCUGUUCAUAUUGUCAUGUAUUGGAAAUUCUUUGUAACACAAAAUUCUUAUAGAAAUCAUUGUAUGGAUGCUGGGGGCUAUCUUGUGGAGUGGAGAAAGUGCUAAUGAAUUUUAUGAUGUAAUACGCCAGAGCUUUAGCUUGAGAUGAGUUUAUUGGUAAUACUAUAUGAAAUUAUUAUGAAAUACUAUGAGCAUGAGUGCAUGGUUGGUUGUGUGUAUGUGUGUGCAAGCAAGUGUGUGCAAGAGUAUAUGUAUGCACGCGUGUGAAAGAGUGGAUGCAUGGGCGGGUUAGUGUGUCUGUCAUUUUCUUGUGCAAUGUGGCCAGCGGGAGUGAACUCGGGCAACGUUUCCAAUUAAAAGUUCCUGAUUGAUACUUGC